UUUGCUGCCUGUCAAGUGAUAUCCGUGUUUACAGGAAUUCGUUAACAUGAUUGUAUGCUUUCGAGAUAACAUGACGAGUUUUAACCGUCCGUUAAACAAAAUGUUAGAAGACCGUAUGUGAAAUCUUCAUUGAAUGUUCUAAUUUUGGAAAUGUGUGCAAUGCGGAUUAAUAAAGGUCAAGAUGCAAAAUACGUUGUGUACACCGAGGCCACAAAUAGCAGUGCAAAUACCUGCUUCCAGAAACGGAAUUUAACGAAUGUUAAGUGCUUCUCAAAAUGUGGAAUUCUGUCAGAAAAACAACGAUUUAAAAAUUGUACAGCGUUUAAACAAAGAUUGGAAUUACAUUCAAAGUGUUCAGUACUUCAUAGCAGUAUGUGAUCAAUAGAAAUCAAAACGUCAUUAAGAUUAAAGCUUUAAAACGCCCUUAAUAAAAACACGUGUACAUAAUUGAAUUAUAUGGAUACGUUUCUGUCAUGGAUAUUUUUGACGAAUGAUCCAAGCAACGGAUAUUCUUCGUUAGUAAAAAUUAAAAAAUAAACAUGGCGGACAUAUAUCGUUUGUGCUUUAAAUGUGAGCUAUAGCUGGCAACAGCCACCAUUAAAAAUGUAGUGUAACAAGUCAAUUAUUCUGCAUGACACUCCUGACAAUGACAUCCUGAAUAAUUCAACAUUCUGCGACUCCUGCAUCCCGUUUGUAGUGCUAGUUAUUUUAUUUCACAAAUAGUCCAUAGUUCUUUUCACGUCUGUUUCGGGUUAGUUAGAAAACAAAAUGAACUCCGUACUUCUGAUGACCGACAACUGGCAACCAACUGUACUCAGGAUUGUUCCGUUCUCGAGUAAUAUCGCGAGAAAUAAGGAGAGAAACGCGCCGGGAAAGCGUCUUCACAAUUCCCGCGGGUUUCCCCUGUUGGCGGUGACCCGAACUGAAAACGUAAAUUCAGAGACUAGUUCGGCUAAUUCCGAAAUACGAUCGGAGUCCAAAUCGGUUAAUUCCGUACGUUCCGAUGCAAAUAUAGAGCCCGACGCAUCGUCUGUUUAUUCUGACGCAAAUCAAUCAUCCGUUACACGUAAAACAUCAUCUUCUCUUACAAAGGGACACAGGAAAUACCCUAAAAAGAAGAUACCGGUAGUGCAUUCAGAAAUGAAAGAAGCGAUUAAAUUUAGUGUUCAGGACAUAAACGACCAGUUGUCGUCGACGUCAUCGUUUACGUCAUCCGAAAACAAAGACGAGAAUAAAGAGAAGGUUUCACGUGUGGACAACACGCGGACGAAACUUCCUAAGCCGAGUUACGGCACAUUGCCCGAAUAUCGGACCCACUGCUCGCCAGUGAACGGUGUCCGGCGAUCCGUUCCCUUAACCCCUGGAGAGUUAGAGCUACAGAGAAUUCGCGAUAGUUAUUACGUAGAACAAGUGCAUAGAAGAAAGAAAUUCAAAUUGAACGUAAAUCAACUUCCUCGCAGCACGACUCCGAUAAACGAUCAUGACCCUGAUAAACUGAAUAUGAAGCAGGUCAUUGCAUUUUUGCAAGCUAAAACUUCCAAGGACAUUCAGAAAAAGAUUUUAAGCGAGAAACGAAAAGAUAUUGGCUCUGGUAAUGUGCGAGUUCACGAUAAACUAAAACCGCCGGAAAUAUCUGUGACGAACGCUCCUGUUCCAAUGAAAGUGUACUCCAAGGAUAAUAUUAAGCCGCUGUCUCGGUCGAACUCGGACAUAAAGCAAACCGACAAGCCUGACAUGCAGGCAAUCGAACAAAUGCGGCGAACGCCCGGUUGCGUCUCUGUCAUGUCGGUCAAAAGUACGCCGAAUAUGCCACAUAACAAACGCCAUAAAGAUCAAGCAUCUAAAACACACAGCUCAAUGAGCAUGAGAUCCAUGAAAGAGCAGCGUUCAAUUGACAGUCAUUCAGAAAAACAAAGACAUAUGAAGGAGUUUAAACUUUUCAGGUUUUUAGCUAUGACCCCUGACGAAGCGUCGCAAAGCACGUCUUCUGGUAGGAGUGUGACGCCGCGCGCAUUCGACAAACUGCGUGUUAAAUCUGACACGCAGAGCCCGAGAGGUUCUUCCGUCGAAACGCCGCGAAAUAUGCUCAGUCGCCGAUCGCGCGAAAGCGGAACUGCGCAGGUUCUCCAUCGUCACGUGCUCAACCGAGCGACAUUAACCCCGCCAAAAGUCGACGUGAAAGAUGUAGCUAUUAGUAGCAACAGCCACUCCUCAAAAACCAUUCGAUUACCUGUAGUCUCGGACUCGGGACGAGAUUCACCUGACGACGAGACUUGCUCAACUACUUCCGCUACAUAUAAUUCCACCAAAAAUGAAGAGGGUGGAACCUUACCAAAGAAAGGUAAACCACCAACAAUAGAGGGACAAUUGAGUGAAAGUGACCCUCAUAACAAAGACCAUGGUAUGACUUUAAGAAAUGGGUAUCGCACAGGGAACUAUCACGUGAAAGGAUCUGCAGCGCCGUCUUUUACACGUGUUUAUGUCCCCGGACCGAAACACAUCCAUAUAAGCAUUCCUCAGGAAUCAAAGAAAACGUACUCACACGAAAUAGUCCGUCUUACAUUAAGGCAAGAGAAAAGUACAACACGAGUGACGAGUUACAUGAGUGACAUUCAACAUGACAGGAAUAACGAGGCAAGUGAGGAUGAUCCAGACAACAGACACGCACCAAUCAGGACAGAGUAUCCUGAAUGGGCGGAGCAGUCUAAACUUCAGCAUUUGCACGAACAAAACGUGGUAAAUGGCGAUAACUGUGUGAAAGUGCGCCAAAAAGUACCGGGGUCUGGUUUGUUUAACAAUGGUUGAUCAUUGUUGUCUGUUCAUUUGUUGUUUUGUUUCAAACCAGGCACUACCGGUAUGUGUGAAUCAGAGUGAAUGCAUGCGUCAAUGGUAAAAUUACGCAACUAUAUAUAACUUUUAACUUUUAACUAAGAGCUGGUUAUGAUGUUGUAGUAAUUGCGCUUUUGUUUACAAUAAUAUGGAAAAAUGAAUACCUUUAGAAACACUGCAA